UGCUAACGAAUUGUGGUUAUGAUUUGAAGAAAAGUUUUUCAUUAUAUUUUCCAUUAUAUUGUGCAAUUUCAUCAGAUAUAUGUAGUGAAUUGGUUUAUUUAUUAUUUACAAAAUUAUUUAAUGACUCUAUGUUUCGGUAAAUAACUUUCUAAGGCGGUAUAUGGAGAAUAAUGAACAAUCAAGCAUGGAGGAUGAAACCACAAAAUCGUACUUGCAGAUGCAAAGGCUGAAAGCUUUGCAGGCGAAGCUGUCGUCUACCGCCGAGGAAGACUAUCUUAUCAUCAAAACUGAACCCGAACGAAGCGGCUAUGAGUCCGAGACUAGCGAGUACUCAGAGGACUCGACGGCAGCAUAUGAGGAUGUCACGACUACAACCAAAAGCGCUGGGCCGCGGAAGAAUAUCAACAGGGGACGCUGGACGAAGGAGGAGGACAAAAGACUCAAGAUGUACGUGAAGAUGUACAACGAGCAGUGGGAGGUGAUCGCGGCGCAGUUCACGGACCGGUCCGACGUGCAGUGCCAGCAGCGGUGGACCAAGGUCGUCAAUCCGGAGCUAGUCAAGGGCCCUUGGACCAAGGAGGAGGAUGAAAAAGUAGUAGACUUAGUAGCCAAAUACGGGCCGAAGAAAUGGACGCUUAUAGCGCGGCACCUCAAGGGCAGGAUAGGGAAACAAUGCAGAGAACGAUGGCACAACCACCUGAACCCUUCGAUAAAGAAGACGGCGUGGACGGAACACGAGGACCGGGUAAUAUACCAAGCGCACAGACAACUUGGCAACCAGUGGGCCAAGAUCGCCAAGCUUCUGCCCGGCCGGACGGACAACGCAAUAAAGAACCACUGGAACUCCACCAUGCGGCGCAAGUACGAGCCGGAGCUCGUCGACAGCUUCGAGAACCUUCGACGCAAAUCGAGGGUAAAGCCACGGGAUAGUCUAGUGCCGCACCAAAAAGUUCAAGUCGCCUAUAACGAUAACUGGUCGACCCCAUUCACCGAUACUCCACCGGCGACCCAACCGGCCUCCAAACAAGUGUUGCACUUUAGACAGUUGUUGAAGGACCAACUUACCAAUAUUCAACAACAGAGUCUGCGGUCGAAGUCUCCGGAUAGAGGCGGCCUGGUUGCUGCUGAUAGUGUCGACAUUAUGGAGUCACCUUUCAAAUUCGUGAACAUUGAAUCGCUACCUUCCGAUUCGCCAAUCAAAAAUUACUUGUCAUCAAGCAACUUGACAGGAGAGAACAGCAACCAAAGUGCCGUGACAUACGCAGUACACACGCAACCAGAAUCGAAGGAGAUAGUGGUGCCGUCAUCUAUCGUGUACUCGUCCCCUAAGAAGCAGCUGGAGUCGAACAGCCCUCCGCCCAUAUUGCGGCGCAAGCAGAAGAAGAUACAGGUUAUUACGCCCAACCUUCAUUCGUGGAGCGAAACAAUAUCGAGAGCCCUGGAGUCCCGCGAAGUAGGCGUGACUCCCAUCAAGGCGCUGCCCUUCAGUCCGUCACAGUUCCUCAACUCGCCCGCACAGCCCGUGGACUCCACGCCGCUGAGGCAGGCACACCACAACCAGGCCAAGGAGUGGGGUAUGAGUCCUCUACUACACACGCCGACUCCCGCCAACUUAACGCCUGGUAACAAUCAACCCCGUAACAACACCCCCAAAACCCCAACACCUUUUAAACUCGCGAUGGCAGAGAUAAGCAAGAAAUCCGGCAUCCGUUACGAGCCAUCCAGCCCUGGUCUACUAGUGGAAGAUAUAACAGAGAUGAUCAAACGCGAAGAAUCCGACAGCACGGUACAACUCAAUGACUCGAUGUUGUCUUCCACCGCCGAUCAGGACGCCGCUAAUGUUCAGGUAAAUGACUCGGGUAUAGGCAGCCUCAAGCGGCGGGUGUCGGAGUCGUCCCAGCAGGGCAAGGAGAACGUCCCCGGCGCCGCCACGCACAAGCGCGCGCGCAAGGCGCUGGCCGCCAGCUGGGGCGCCGCCACCAGCACGCCGCACGCGCACGGGGGCGCGCACGCCGCCGUGCCCGACGUGUCCUUCAUCGUCGAGACGCCGAGCAAAACCUUAGCCGGUGACAGCUCAGUACUCUUCUCACCGCCGUCGAUCGUGAAGCAUUCUCUUCUAGAAGAAUCCACUAGCCUCCACAGUCUAAUGAGCGCCGACAACACGCCAGAAACCCUCAAAUACGAAGAACUUGACAUUGAAGCCGUCAUCAGUGAGAAAACUAAGGUACGUCACGCAUCCGGAGGCGAACCAAUAGUACUGAAGAAGUCAGCGGUGCGUUCUAUAAAGUUCGACGAUCCGCAGAGAGAAAAGAGAGAGGUUAAAGAAGAUAAAAGCAUCAGUUUUAUUAUGGUGGACCAGGAUACUGAAGGGGGUGAUAAUAAAUGGGAAACCUUCGCGUGUGGAAAGACUCAAGACCAAUUGGAUUUAACGUUGUUAGCGCACCAGUAUCUGAGGAAGACCGCUUUGAAACCCCGUUCUCUGAACUUCUGAGCUCAAAAAUCGAUAUCUAUGAGGGAGCAUUAGUUUCGAGUAACAAAUAAACGUCACAAAAUUAACGAUAUAUUUUGUUAUCAUAAAUUCCAUGAAUUUCGUAAUUUAAACUGGUCAGAUCACCAUUUAUGGAUUGUAAAAUAAACUUUCGAAUAUUGUAAAUAAAAGUAUCGUGUGAUUUUAGUUCUUAAGUGGAAAUAGUUAGAUGUAAAGUUAAAAUGUAGGUACACAUUCAAUGAUAUGGUCUGUAACUCUACCUGUCUACCCCUAUACAAAUACAUGCUCUUUAAGUAAUUGGAAUUAGGUCAAUUGUAAAACGUUAUCCUUUCAUUUUAUACAAGCGUAUUGCAUUUAUAAUUAUGUCAAAUUGCGUUUGAUUAUUGAAGCUAAUGUCAAAUUCAAAUUCAAAAAUAUCUUUAUUCAGUAAGUAACAUAGUUACACUUUGAAUCGUCAAUUUUACAUAACGAACGUCUUAUCCGCCUAAAACUACUGCAGCUUCUCACAACCUGUAUAGCCGGGGAAAAGAAGCUGCAAGAAAAACCUCGGCACAGGGCCCUAGACGUUCUUUAAAAAAAUAAAAAUAAACAUAAAAUAUUGGUAUACAAUUGAGUGUAAUAUGAUUACUGCGUGAAUGGUAGGAAUUAAACUUAUUUUUCUAACGAUAAUAAUUGAUAAUGGGGGUUCGUGAAGUUGCAAACGAUUAUGAUAAACCACAGUGACAGUGAUAAAGAUGUGUGGCAUUGUUUUUUUUUUAUUUACCCAUUUAGGCAGGCAAAGGGAGCUUAGCAUAUACAGCCUAAGAUGUGUGGCAUUGAAAUUACUUAUGUCAAAUAUCAAUUCCAUUCAUUUUUAUUAUUGUCGUCUAUUGUCGUAAUAGUUUGCAACUUGGCGAAGACCCAAUGGCGUCGAAAUCGAUGGUUUUCAAUUUUAAAGGUCCACAGCUCUUAUAAUAGUGCUGUCCUUCAUUUACGCUUAGUGUAAGAGAGAGAUGGUGCUAAUAUUUGAACUGUCACUAAACUAAAAUUUAGUCUCAACGCCUUUUCUUACAAUACACAUUCUGAGUAAUGGGUCUAGUUUUACUCUAGUUUUGUGAGUAAAAUAGAUAUAUUUUAUAAGUCAUUUUGUAGUUUUUUUGUGUGAAAAAUGUAGUGUUGUACCUUCAAAAGUAGUGGCCAGCUAAAUAAUGAUUAUGUUAAAGUUAUUUAUUUGUAGUACUACUUAUCUUUCAUUAUUCUUAUUAUUAUGUACGUUUGAUUUUAUAAAAAAAUACUUUAAAGAAUUUUGCCAGAUGUCUAUGUCGCAGUCGGAUUGUAUAAUCCGCCGCAUUACAAAACGGUCCUGUUAUUGAAAACAGCUAGCCGUAAUGUAAUACAGCGGAUUAUACAAUCCGACUGCGACAUCUAUAUUCUAAUUCGAAUUUUUCGUCUCGUGGAGUGUCGGUGCGAACCCCAAUACCGGACUUGCACCAAUGAGUUAUUAAUUUAUCUUAACUGCAGUUUUCACUACAGUUGGCUCGACCCUUAUAGACGGCGAUACAGCGCACCACCUAUCACGUUGGUCUAACAGAAAGCUCGGUGAGGUGUGGUAUAUAGUUCAUCUUGCGAUGGAUGUACCUCUGACUACCCCAAUUGGGAUGUAGUCGUGAGAUUACGUCAUGUUAAACUUUAUUUAUUAUUUCAGUUAUGUCAUUUAGCAAAUCAUGUCAAACCAAAAUAGUAAGAAAAUUAAAUAGUAUUUUCGUUAGAGAAUUACGAUUUCCCUAUGAUUUAUUUGGAAUAUUUAUUUAUUUUUUUAUACUUAUCAUGUAAAAGUUUGUGUGUGUUUAUUUAUAGAAAAAAGUACAAAUAUAGUCUUAGUUUUUUCGAUUCAGUAUAGAUUUAUAAAUUGUGUUAAGCUAUAAUAAAAUGUAAAGUUUAGUUAAGUGUUUCUUGUAGGCAAUUUCAACAGGGCGUAUCGUAAAAAGCAGACUGUUAGCUGGCAUAAAAUUAAUAUUAACUAUUCUCUCUCACGAAAAUAUAAACGAAUAUCCCCAUAUACAAUGUACAUCUCUCUCUUUAUUUAAGAGCUGCGCUCUUGUCGGUGGAGUAAUCGCCAUUCCUCUCUUCUUCCCGCCAAAACCUUCACCUCCCGAUACGACACGACCUGCACCUUCUCUUUUAUUCAAACAUUAUGGGAGGAAAAAUUGAGGGGAAGAGAGGAAGAGGUAGACCUAGGAUACCAUUUAUGAUACAAUGUACAUAUGUACACACAAACAUAAACUUACGCCUAUUUCCCAUCGGGGUAAAGCAGAAAUAAGUAUAAAUGUAGAAGGAAAACAUCUAAUAUGUCUGCCACAGACUAUCUGCUGUUUACGGUUCAACUGAAAGUGUGUUAUGAUCAUUGAACUAUUUUAUAAAUAAGGGAAAAGAAAUAAAAUUGCGCUCAAAAUGUACCACUGUUUUAAUAGAAAAGUUUAUUUAUUAUGGAAACUACAAAUAAAAAUCAUCCAUCUUAAAAUUCAGUGUUAUAGUCAGCCAUUUUUGACGCCAUUUUGUGUCAUCAUCAUCAUCACCAGCCCGUUAACGUCCCCACUGCUGGGGCACGGGCCUUCCCUAUGGAUGGAUAGGGAGAUCGGGCCUUAAUCGCUGCGCCACCGAGCUCCAUUUUGUUUGUUUUUACUUAUUUGAGUGGCCUCUAGAUACAAUAAUUUUAAGUUGGUGUUUAGUGAUGUGCAUCUACGCUUCUAGUUUAUAUUCCGCUAAGUUUGUAACAGGUUUAAGUUUUGUAGAUAUGUUUUAAGUUUAAAUUAAACGAAGCAAUAUUUAUUUACGAUUUUAUAACGUUAACUUGGGAGAAAUAGCUUUAUUGUACGUUUUCUUUUGUAAUGUCUAUUGUGUAUUCGAUUUAGUUUUUUUUUGUACAAUCCGUGUAAUGAAGCAAAGGUAAAAUAGUAUAUUCUAAUAUUUUUUUCGCAUCUGGCAACAUUGUGAAGUGAUAUGAGUUUUCUGUGUUGUGUACUAGUUUAAAUACUUACUGAAUUUUUUAAUGCUUUGAAUAGGUACAACAGGAACUUACUGUGUUUAUUAUUAUUAAGAAAAUAAAAUGUUGAUUUGAAUCCUGGUGAAAAUAUACAAGUAGAUACAAUAAUGGUAAAUCAAUUCUGUGCCAUAAAUAGAUUAUUUAUAAUUAUUAACUAUAGCAUAGAAUAAAGAAUAAUAAUAUAUAAAGAAAAAAUUACUACGUACAGAAAGUGUAACUCUCCGCCCGCACCAAUUCGUAUCGGGUGCCGACCUCACUCCCCCUGGGUCUUACAUGGCUGCAAGUUGCAUAGGAGUAAGGGAGAAAGCGCGUGGACUGCAUCGCGCACGGUAAGGGUGUAGUUAUCGCAACAUCCGUAGAUUUUUACUAGUUUUCAAGUCAGCAUAAAAAAAUAUUUUUAACCCUUGACCGCCCAACUCGGGAUUUAUUCCACCACCAUUUUAUAUGGCUUUUAUACUGAGACUUUAAUGUUUUUAACACGUGACGAACGCUGGUUUUACAAGUUAUCUACUGUAUAUAGUUUAGAAAGUUUUUAGUAAGAAAAUAA